UUUUAGAACAGUUUGUUUUGGACAUCAUUGACAUUAAAUGGUGAAAAGAUAUCAAAAUGACGAGUUCUUUGGCUAGCGAACUCCACAAAUUUUGUGGACAUUCGCAACGCCUACAAGAGAUCUUGGAAGAAACUAAGAAAUGUUUUGGUGACAUCAACAAUUCAGGCCAAUAUAAUGGCACUCAAAUUGUCAUGGCCGAAUUACUUAAAGAAGAAGAAACGGAAGUGUUGUCAUUGAUUGAAAAACCACAAACAAUAGUUGUACUUGGUCAAACACCAUACGCCAAAUCUAGAUUAAUCAAUGAACUGUUUUCAAUGCAAAUUCUUCCUCCAUUGGAUAACAAUAUUCAAUAUCGCAUGGUGAAAUUCAAACAUGGAGAAACUCAGACUGUUAGUUUGGCAUUACCAGACGACUAUGAUCUUGUGGAUAAUCUUGAGGCUUACAAUGGCCCCUGGAAAACUAUUCCACGUCAAGACCUAGAACUUUAUGAAUCGAGGAAGGAUGACAUCGCUAAAGACUCGGCCGUAUUAGAGGUAUCACUCAAUCAUCCUCUGCUGAGGUUUGGCACCACGUUGUUGAUGUCGUCGUCGAAACAUGAGACUGCAGAGGAAUGUUUAAAGGGUUGUGUUCAGGACGUUACACCUGUUAUAAUUUAUGGAUUUGUAACAGAACAACUUGCUGAUAAGGAUAUUGGAGAACUGAGUGAUUUAGCAAAGGUCACCAACUUUCAACCAGUGUGUUUUGUUAGAGUUCCUCCCCCUGGAUCUAAAACAGCAGACAUAGAUCCUCCAGAUGGUGCUCCUGAUUCUCCUGCUAGACCGAUACAUAUAUUAAAUUGUAACGAUGAAACCAAUUUCAUCUCCGAUUCCUCACCCUGUCCGUCCCCGUCCCAAACCUCCCGCAAGCUGCACGAUGGUCGUCCCGGAACAGCUAGUGAACAGCUUGUUUACUUGGGCUAUAUACACAAAUCAAACUCCACAGACUCCUUGACAAAGGUUUCUCGAAAAAAUCUGAACCAGGACUAUUACGAGGUAGAGAGUGAAUAUAUCGAACAAUUUCAAGCAUUUGUGAAAAAAUUUGCCACAUUUACAAAACAUGUACUCAAGAGUUACCUGGUCAAUGCAGCAACUGUGCUGAACAAUUCUCAUAAUCGGUGCUUAAAUAUGUUCAUACUAUCCGCUUUUGACAUGGCCCGAGACAUUUUAAUAACGCCCAAAAAAAUUGAGUUUGCUCGUGAAAAAGAGGAAGAUUUGUACAAGUCGUUACUACAGAUUUCUGUGUCCAAGUUAGAGGAUAUUAAGAGUUUGAUAUCUGGAACAAUCAGUAGUAUGAGGGAUGAACUUCUCAGUCAAGCGGCAGAAUAUGACUUUAUAGGUGUUGAUAUUGAUGAUGAUGGUAAAAUACAAACAGCAAAAGGUUUAAAGAUCUGUACCGGUCAGAUACAGGAACUGGUGCUUGGAAGACUAAACCACAAUAUCGCUGGAAAACUCAUUAGUUCCGUUAAUUUACUCCGUGAUUCAUAUACAGGAACAUUAACCAGGUGUUUAGAAAGUUUAGAAACCAAUGAAAAUAAUAGUCCUGAAGAAGCUAAAACAACCGAUGCUUUAAAACAGACGUUAAAUGCAGCAUAUCAAGUAGAGAUUACAGUUCGAUCAAGUUCUUCUUUAAUAAAAGUUUUAUUAGAACGAAUGAAACAGCUUGUUCGUUCUAUGCCAUGGAAUGCUCCACCUAAAAUUGAUGAAGAAUGGAAGAUGAAAGUAGCAUCGGAAAUGUUAAACAGUUUAAGUGAAGCAAGGUUGGCUAAGAGUAUAGCUGGUCAGAUUAAAGACAGAUUACAUAAAUCACAUGAGGCAUUCGGUGCUGCUUUAAAACAAUUAGAUCAACGUCAUUCAGGAAGAUUGGACAAGAUUGAAGAACAAAGAAUUAAACUUAGAAAAGUUCACGCUCCAAAAGUUUCUAAACUAGCUUUAGAGAGUACAUCACUUAGAGAUCAUGUACUGUUUGGAAUGCCUCAGAUGGGUCGUGAAAUAGGGCGUGGUCAGUAUGGCGUUGUUUAUGCGUGUGAGAAAUGGGCUGGCAGGCAUCCAUGUGCUAUAAAAUCUGUGGUACCACCAGAUGAAAAACAUUGGAAUGACCUGGCGCUAGAAUUCUUUUAUAAUAAAAAUAUACCUGACCAUGAGAGAAUAGUGGCGUUACGUGGGUCUGUGAUAGAUUAUCUGUAUGGAGGGGGGACAAGUCCUGCAGUAUUAUUAAUCAUGGAUAGAUUACAGAAAGAUCUGUAUACAGCUAUACAACUUGGUUUAGACUGGAGUAGUAGAUUACAGGUUACUAUAGAUGUAGUAGAAGGGGUGAGGUUUUUACAUGGACAAGGUUUAGUACACAGAGAUGUCAAACUAAAAAAUGUUCUGCUAGAUGAGAAAAAUCGUGGUAAAAUAACUGAUCUGGGUUUCUGUAAACCAGAAGCCAUGAUGAGUGGUAGUAUUGUAGGUACACCAAUACACAUGGCACCAGAAUUAUUCAGUGGACAUUAUGAUAAUAGUGUUGAUGUUUACGCUUUUGGUAUUUUAUUCUGGUACGUCUGUUCUGGUCAUGUCCGUCUGCCUUCAAACUUUGAACAAUGUGCUAAUAAAGAUCAACUAUGGCAAUCUGUCAAAAAAGGUUUGCGUCCAGAAAAACUACCUACUUUUGAUGAUGAGUGUUGGUUAUUAAUGAAGGCAUGCUGGGAAAAUGAACCAAUGCGUAGACCGUUUCUAGGAGAUGUAGAAGAAUCUCUGAAAGGAAUAUUCGAAAGGUUUAAGAAAAGACCACCAUCAAAUAUUAAGAAUAAAGAGAGCAGAAAAAUUGAUAAAAAUUCACAGCGUAAUAAAUAGAGACUGGAGUUAAAAUAAACAAAUUCUUUGGUUUCUUGGGAAAUAUAUUUAAAUUAAAAUUUCAUCAAAUGAUCUACUAGCAGAAACAAGAUUAUUGUUCACGGACAUCUUGCUUAACUCCCUUGUUCUAUUUGUGGAAUUGGGUGCCUGAGUGUAAUAGAUCAUAAGAUCUGCCACUGAGUCAAGUGACGUAGUUUCUAUCGCACACUGGUACGUGACAUGGAGUAUGGUUGCCUGCCUAUACUUAUGGGUUUUCACCAGGUUUUCCGGUUUCCUCCCACUGCUAAAAACCCUACCCUCAAGUGAAUUAUUGAAAUAUUAAAUAUCUACCAUAUAUCGGUCCCGAAAUGAUCUACUUUAUAGAUAUUUCUGUUUGAUUGUGUACAGAAAUGAAAAAAGUCAAAAUGUAUUGAUGGCCAAAAUUAGUUUAACAGAACACAAUAUAUAUGGGAAACAAUCACUGGUUUAAUUCUAAAAGCAUCAUGUUUUGACAAGUAUCUUCUUAUCAUUAUCAAGCACAAUGAGUUUAUUGUCUAUGGAAAUUUAUUUCAAUAUAUAGGGGGUUUGAAUCAUGAUCAGUAAAAAGAAUGAUUUAAGUGGUGUUUAAAACCCUGUAAAAGUCUUCAUUAUUGGAAAAUGCUCCAAAUGUGACAAAAAACAAUCUUACAAACUAUGUUUAUGUCAUCUAUUUGUUACAAAAAUAUCUAGUCAUUCAAAUUCAGUGUGAAUAUAAGUUUCUGUAACACAAGGAUACUGAGAAUGGUGGUAUAUGGUACUAGCAUAUUCUUGGUAUAUGGUACUAGAAUAUUCUUGGUAUAUCAUUCUAGAAUAUUCUUGGUAUAUGGUACUAAUAAUUUUUUGAUAAAUAUGGUACUAGCAUAUUCUUGGUGUAUGGUACUAGAAUAUUCUUGGUAUAUGGUACUAGCAUAUUUUGGGUAAAUAUGGUACUAGAAUAUUCUUGGUAUAUGGUACUAAUUAUUUUUUGGUAAAUAUGGCACUAGCAUAUUCUUGGUGUAUGUUACUGGAAUAUUCUUGGUAAAUAUGGUACUAAAAUAUUCUGGUAAUUCUUGGUAUAUAAUACUAGAAUACUCUUGGUUAAUGUCAUACUAAAAUAUUCUUAGUAAAGUACUUAGAUAUUUUUAGUAGGCCUAUAUGAUACGCUAUUAAAAUACUAUGGUACCAAAAUAUUUUGUAUUUUGUCAAUGUUUUUGCUUGUAAAUAACUAUUUAAUCAAUUUACUUUUGUCUGUGUGUCAAAUUGUGAUAAAAUAUAAAAAUACAGUUAGUGUAAAAGAAAUAAAGGUGUUUUGAAAUUGAUAUCAUGCAGGCUGUCAUUGAGAUAAUGAAUCAUUAUUAUUAUGAAACAUAUUACCAUUUAUCUACAAUGACAAUCUGAUUAAAAUACAGAUCUAUAUUUCGUUUCGUUUUUUUUUUUAUACUUUCGAUGGCCUACACUACAUUAAGAUCUGACCGUCAGAGGUCAUACGGGAGGCUUUUGACCCUAUGAUGUCAGACAUUUGAUUAACCAAUCAGCAUUGAGGUUACUGGUGGAUUACCCACAGUUCUGUGCAAAACAUGCCUAAAACUUGCCAUAACAGACCGUUUCAUUGACUAAUAGCUCACAUCAUUCAGAACACGUCAAUGAUAACAACUCUUCCAGAUCCUAGUGUAGUAAAGACAAGUAGAACGAAAUAGGAUCUGUGUUUUAAUCAGAUUGCUACAAUGAUGAAAUGAAAUGGGGUUUAACUUUUAACGUCAUAUUUUUAUGCUCAAACUAUGCGGAUGAUGGCAGGCAUAUAACUUACAGUGUCUAGUGGAUCUGAUGGGACGAAAAACAAAGGUCCAAAUGAGCUCUCUUGGGAUUGGAGCAAGUAAUAGAACCCUGACAAUUGAAAGUUCUGGUGUCUGGGCAAAAUUUCCCCCACGGGACAUUGAUGCAGAAAUGUAGGGUGCUAAACCCUAUUUCACUGGGUUUUUUGACAAUGUUGAAGAUAAAGUGGUAUCAAUAUUGACAUAAUAAUAAAAAGGGGGGAAAACCCAUCAUAAUAGCUGGAUUAUUACCAAGUGUUAUUAGAGUAUUGUAAAUAUAUUAGUUUUUUUCUGUUGUUUGUUUGUUAGAUUGUAAUUUUAUUUGUUGACAUUUAGUAGGAUGAAGUUCGCAUGUUUGAGAAUCUAGAAAAUUGUAAGUAAACAUGUAAUGAAGGAUUCUUUAAAACAUGUAUUUAUAAGAGGCUAAUCUUUGCCUCGUAUGUUGAUUGUUAUAUUUUGCCCGAACACUAUUUAUUCAAUAUAAAGACACAUCAAUUCACAUUUGCCCUAUCUGUUUUUGCCGGCUGUAGUCUUGGUCAGCAAGUUGUCAGUUUGAAGAACAAUAUAUGUCAUAUAGUAAGGUGUGUUUGUAGAGUAGAAUUACAUAUUUGAUAUAUCUAGAAAAUCUACCAUGUCAAUAUAACAUAUGACACAAUUAUAUGGAAUACAAGAUACUUGAAGAAUUUAUUUCAGCGAUGUUUCAACAAGGGUUCCGCCGUCUUUGCUUGAUGAAGACAGGAGAACCCUCGUGAAAAUAAAUCCUUCAAAUUACUUGUAUUCCGUAUAAUUGUGUCAUGUGUUAUUCUCAGUCAAUAUCAAUUAUUGAUAUAUCACUGGUUUGAAUUAUUCACUAUUCACUUACAAAGAGGUUAAAGAUGCAUUGUGUAAGAUUUAGAUAAAGAGCUAGCUGUUUUUGCAAUAAUAAUUCAAAAACAGAUAAUGCAAGAUGAAUAUAUUGAAAAUUUCCUUCAAAUUGCACUAUUCUGACCGAAGUUAUCACUGUUUGUAGUUUUAACAAGAUGUGUGCAUUGAUUGUUUAUUAUCGUAACCACAGUUCUGGUUAUUUGAGACUUAGCCUUGCUUCUCCAUUUUUAAAUUAAAUCAUUAAAUGGCCAAACUGUUCUAAUCUACUUAAAAUCUCUGCCAUUCGAUGGCCUAGAACGUCGAUUAUGGUCUUUUCAUGUUAAUAAAUGUCUAAUUAAUAAUAUAUGUAACAUUUAAGGUCUAAAGAAAGAUCUGCAAUAGGCAGAUUUAGCUCUUGAAUAAUGCAUCUUUAACUAUCCAACCAAAGAGUCUUUUAAUUAACUCAUCAAUAUGUACAUGCUUACUGUGUGCUAAUAUGAAGAUAAGUUAUAAAAUUAGUGCUUUUCUCUUUUAAGUUUUAUCAAUUGUGCUUAAAGGAGUCAAAUCUUUAUUGUGUUGGUCAGUAUAAAUUAUAGAAUCGGGAUGAUCUGAUGUGUUAUUUAGAUUUCUGAUAGAGAAAUAUCUAUACCAUUCAUAUUUCAUUUCAAUAAUUUUUUAGUUCAAAAUUUGACUUUCUGUGUUGACAAUGUAACACAAAAUCAAUCAGAUCCAAUGAAAUCCAUUUUGACCCAAAUCAAAGAUUUCUGGAAAAUUUUAUUUUGGAAUAGGCUACCCUGAUUUUUU